GAAGAACAGGCUGUCGCUGAAGCUCUUUCAGAAGAAGGAAGCGAAGCGAGUGCUGGAUUUCAUCGAGGCGCAGGAAAAUGAGCCGAAGGGCGCGGAGUUCCGAGGCGCCGAGAUUGACCAGGUGGUUCCUGCAGCACAGCCCCCCUCCCUUGUCAGCUGUGAGAAAAAAGACAACAUGCUGCCUUUUGUGGGCUUGAACAACCUGGGCAACACCUGCUACCUGAACAGUGUCCUGCAGGUAUUAUAUUUUUGUCCUGGUUUUAAAACUGGAGUAAAACAUUUAUAUAACAUCAUUUCAAAGAAAAGAGAAUCUUCAAAGGAUGAAGGAGAGCAAAAGGCAGAAAAGGGAGGCUGUAAAGAAGAUCCCUUGGCAAGUUAUGAACUCAUCUGCAGUUUGCACUCCUUGAUCCUUUCAGUUGAGCAGCUUCAAGCCAGUUUUCUGCUGAACCCAGAGAAAUACACGGAUGAAUUGGCCACGCAGCCCCGGAGGCUGCUCAACACCCUCAGAGAGCUGAACCCCAUGUACGAAGGGUACCUGCAGCACGAUGCCCAGGAGGUGCUGCAGUGUAUCCUGGGCAACAUCCAGGAAACCUGCCAGCUGCUGAAGAAGGAAGAGCUGAACAAACUGCCUGUGGAAGAGCCUGCAGCUAAACUGGAGGAGAAACCCAGCCAAAACCCUGAGAGCAAUGGUUGUGUGAGCCCUGCUGAGGAGGAGGAUCCCAGCCCGGGCAGCCACGGCGGAGACGCGGCCAAGGAGAAGCUGCUCAAGGGAAACGGGAAAAGGAAAAGCGACGCCGAGGGCGGCAACGCCAAGAAAAAAUCCAAAGUAUCAAAAGAGCAAAUUGCAGCAGAAGAGAAUCAAAGACAAACCAGGUCCAAGAGGAAAGCCACGGGAGAAAAGAUGGAAAACCAAACGGAUGCCAUCGCCAAGUGCUCCGGGGAGAGCGAGAGCGCCAAGCCCACGCAGAAAAAGUCGCGCCUUAGGUUAAACUGGUUAAAAUCUUCCUGCAAACAGCCCAGUAUUCUGUCCAAAUUUUACAGUCUAGGAAAGUUAACUACAAACUUGGGAUCCAAAGAGCCAGGCAAAGAAUAUGACUGUGAGUUCGAAGAGUCAGCUGUCAAGUGUGAAAAUGGUGACAGUAAAGAAGAAUAUCAUGAACCAGCGUCUCCUGUGGAAAGCCAUCAUGGAAAAGGAACUGAAAAAGAACCAAAAAAGGAAGGUUCAGAGCUGGCUGUCUUCGAGCUGGUGGAGAAACUCUUCCAGGGCCAGUUGGUGCUGAGGACCCGGUGCUUGGAGUGCGAGUGCUUCACGGAGAGGAGGGAGGAUUUUCAGGACAUCAGUGUGCCAGUGCAAGAAGAUGAGCUUUCUAAAAGUGAAGAGAGUUCUGAAAUUUCUCCAGAGCCAAAAACAGAAAUGAAGACUCUGAAAUGGGCAAUUUCCCAGUUUGCCUCGGUGGAGAGGAUUGUGGGAGAGGACAAAUAUUUCUGUGAGAAUUGCCACCACUACACGGAAGCAGAGCGCAGCCUCCUGUUCGACAAAAUGCCCGAAGUGAUCACGAUUCACUUGAAGUGCUUUGCUGCCAGUGGCCUGGAGUUCGACUGCUACGGGGGCCUGUCCAAGAUCAACACUCCGCUGCUGACGCCGCUGCGGCUGUCGCUGGAGGAGUGGAGCACUCGGCCCACCAACGACACCUACGGGCUCUUCGCCGUGGUCAUGCACAGCGGCAUCACCAUCAGCAGCGGCCACUACACGGCCUCGG